UUUUACCGUUUUUUUUUUUUUUACCACGGAUGUGCAUUUUUUGUGAUAGUAUCAUAGCUGUUGUAUUUGGAUUGUUAUGUUUACAAAAGAAGCAUAGGCAAUAUAUCAACUUUUUAAUUCAGCAAGCACAUGAAGCUUGUCAGGUUCUUACAUGAUUCAAUAAAAAGAUUUUGAUACUUAAAAGAAAAGCGAUAUCUUAAGGACUUGAAAACUAUAACAUCAAAGCUGUUCCCCUUUUACCUUGAGUUUCUAUUUUUGUACGGAUUAGUGCUAGGAACGAUAACUCUGUGUGUAACGUGAUUUUCAUUUCUGGCAGUCUUCCGAUUAUCGUCUUACUGUACAGUCCUGACAUUACUCUCGGGGCAGUCUGGGAUAUAUCUAUAAAACUGUACAGCCUUGAGGAGUCCGAUCCAUAGAACGGGUCUGCCUCUGGACAUGUAGUGGACACUGCAGGAGGUAUGGUCGCCAGGCUGCACUGACCAGUGUAAACACACCCACUAGACCGUCUCACGACAACCCAACGCCUGACCACUGACCGCCAUGCUCUGUUGGUCAGUUCUUCUAUCGUCCGUAGUCUUCAUUCUCCGGAGCCUGGCCAGGGCCCAGGUAGCGGACGACCUGGACCUUCCAGAUAUGUUGGCCCCCGUGGGGCGAGUGUUCAGCUUAAACCUAGGAACCCAUCCAGUGUACGGCAGUCCAAGUGUGAGUGUAGCGAUUACAGUCGCGUCUGGUAGUCCAUUUCCACCAUGGCUUGUUUUCAAUACCUCCAGUAAGCUCUUGGCUGGUAUCCCACUAGCCACAGAUCCAGCCGUCCACUACAUGUCAGUCAGUGGCAGGUGCCUUCCUGUCACUGAAAACAGGUCAAGGGCGCAAUGUACCGAGAGGACCGAUGUCUUUCAGUUAACAGUAGCAACGUUACCCUGGGACCAGGCUUGGACUUUAGGCCCAGCAAACACCUGGCCAACAGAGAAGAACCGAGAACAAGGUGCUGCCAGUUUGGAUAAUCUCUGUGACGGUGAAAAAGUUUUAGCCAGCCUUGUUUUGUGUGCAUCGGUUCAGGAGUUGAACGCUAGCCGCAGACUCUUCCUGGCCCACCAUCUAGCUAGCUUUAUGAACAUCCCCGUGGCAUCAAUACAGAUAGAGCCCUCGACCACCCAGUUUCUUGUCGCGAUACAAAAUAAAUUCCAAAUGGUCUUUGCUGGUCCAGGGUCAGAGUCUGGAUGUGAUUUAAGCCAGAACAUAGAAAUACUUUGGGCCCUUUCUUGUUCCUCUGUCCGACAUUUAAGGGACUUUGCUCAAGUUCUGCAGCACAAUGUUGACGGAGGAAGACUCCAAGAAGAACUGGGUCUAGCACUUGUGGGGUGGUACGUGGCAUCUUCUAAUUCUCUAAACACUAGGCAUGGGCGGAGACGGCGUGGAGUUGGGGGCAGCACGCCUAUACCUACCCCUGCCCCCGCUCCAGUCAGACCCACCAGCGUGACAAUGGUCUCAUCGACAGGUGACAUAGUGUCAUCAAGUUAUAUGACAACUUCUAUCACUCCCACUUCCACUAGUGCAUUUACAAGGACAGUAACUCAACUUCCUUCAUCAUUGAUUGUCUCCUCUGUUACUGAGGUGACUUCCCCUGGCCUAAGCAUUUCUUCUUUUAGCCACGACUCUUUAACAUCCUCACUGUCAGGUGACUUAUCAUCCUCCAUGACUGACCUCACCAACAUUUUCUCCAGCGGUGUUCAAGCCGGACCUGAUUUAAAUGUAGACAUAACUGAACGUCUGCCAGAGGUCAGGCCGACACGUUUACAGCACUCAGAUCACGGUGACAUGUUACAUGGAGGUGAAACAACGGAAAUCAAAGUGCAUCCGUUGUUAGAAACUUCUUCUCAUUUCCCACCAUAUAGCUCUGCCCACGACCAAGAUGGUACACCUUCAACUCAAGAGCCGCCACAAUCUUCAAUUUUGUCGAGUUUUUCAGUGUCUUACAUUCAACCUAUCAACGUUGAUCCACCAACAGUAAAGUCAGAUGUUGAUGAUGGUUGGACGUCAUCGCCUGUAGUACAUCUAAAUGUUGCUGAUGGUGAGACGUCAUCAAAAGUGUUACAAACAGAUGCUGCUGAUGUUUUAAAAUCCACCUUAGGGUCACAUCAAGAGGCUGUCACUGUUAAGGCAUUUGACUUGCUGCCUGACACAGACAAAGUGGCAUACUUGUCUCAAGACUCUGUAUCUAUUGUACUCAUUCCUUCUUCUACAGGAGCUCAGUCAGAGCAGAUGACACAGUCAGAGCAGACGACACAGUCAGAGCAGACAAAUGUCUUGUCACCAUCAGCCUCCUUAGUACAGAUUAGAACUGUGGAGAUCAUAGCAGCUUCUGAUUAUCUGAGGUCUUCUUUUGCUGCAUCUGUCAGUUCUGAUUCAUCUGUAGAUGUCAUUCCAUCUGACAUUGUCACUCUAUCUGACAGUGUCAUUCUAUCUGACAGUAUUACUGUAUCUGAAGGUGUUGCUCCGCCUGACAGUGCCACUCUAUCUGACAGUGUCACUUCAUUUUACAGUGCCUCGCCAUCUGGCAGCACCUAUAUGCCAGAUAAGGAAAUUAUAUUAGACCAAGAUGUAGACCCAAACGUGGAUAAGGAUCUUAAAAUGUCAGUCCAACAAGUUACUCAACCUUCAAUACUUGUUACUUCAUUGAGGGAUUUGUUUGAUUCUAGUCCAACAGCUGUUGCACAUCUUUCUGACGCACAUUCUUCUGAUGGACCUGGCACACUAGGAGCUGUAAAGCUUAUCAGUACUUCAACACCUGUCACCUCUGGGAAAUCUGUUAGCUCUGAGAUAUCUGUUAGCUCAGUAACACCUGUUAGCUCUCAAACAACUGUUAUCUCAGAGACACCUGUCACCUCUGGAACACUUGUUACCUCAGAGACACCUGUCAUAUCUGAGACAACUGAUAGCUCUGAGACACCUGCCAUCUCUGGGACACCUGUCAGUGUUGAGAAAUCUUUCACCUCAAAGGCUUUUAUCACCUCUGAAGCACCAGUUACCUCUGAAGCACCAGUUACCUCUGAAGUGCCAGCUUCCUCUGAAAUGCUAGUUACUCCUGAAGCACCUGUUACCAGUCAGAAAUAUGUCUCCACUAUGCUGCUCUACACAACAACAAAUGCAAUCACACCAAAUAUUACAAGUGAUAGUGUGACCCAGCAGACACAUUGGCUACACAGACAAGACACUACACAGGUGCCACAUUCAUCAGAUGCCACACACAAACUUAAUUCAACAUCACCCCCAUACUCAAGGGAAACAACAACCGGGAAGAACAUGACCUUUGACCCAUGGACAACCAGAAAGCCCAGCUCAAGAUGGACAACAGGUCGGAGAAAGACUAGCACCACAGCCCACUACACCACACCCACCACCAUGUCCUCAAGCACUGGUCUGUUUGAUGGUUAUACAGCAAACAACCGUCCCUAUGUUAGUGAACCCAUCAAGAGAGUGGUUGGUCAAACUGGUCAAGUUCUCAACUAUCCUAUUGGUCCUGAUGUGUUCAAUGAUGUUGAAGAUGGUGACACAAGAUCCUUGACCUUGUCCCUGGAGACCCCUUCCAGCAAUUACUGGCUUUACCUAGACUCUGAUCAACAGGUACUAAGAGGACUACCACUGAAAGAAGAUUUCACUCUGGACAAUACCUCAGUCUAUCUGAUGGCCACAGACUCGUCUGGUAAUUUUGAGAGGACAUCCAUAGCGCUGGAAAUCAUAGACCCACCCAGAAGAAAUUUUACUCACAGUUUUGUCAUGACCUUUGACAUCAAUUUUAGAAAGUUUAUGGAACACAGGCGUAACAUCACAGAACUAGUGAAGAAACUUGGAACUUAUUUUGGCGACACUGGUGCCCAGUACAUAACUGUCCUCAAUGUCCAGCAAGGGUCAUUGAUAUUGUCCUGGACCAACCAGACUUUGACUGGUCCAGAUUGUCCUAGAAAUGCCAUCGAUGGAUUAUAUAGACAGAUGAAUUCAAGCCUUAGUGACCUCCGAGUACAUAUUGGACAAAAUUUAAAGCUGAAAUCUGUUACUAGAGAGGACCUAGGUGUCUGCCUGCAGACCAAGGAACUAACAACAACUAUACAUCCUGUGUCCAACAAAUUAGAUCAUGGGUUCAGUAUCUGGGCUCAUGUUGUUCUCCCAGUUCUCAUCGCCUUCUUGGUCUUUGUUCUUAUCAUACUCAUCAUCAUCUUCUGCAAUCGUCGACGGAGACACCAUCAGGCUGUGAUCAACGCUGAGAAAGAAGCCAUUUCCAAUGAUCGCAAUCCAAUCAUCUUCCCUGAUGAGAUAGAGACAGACGACCCAGUUCUUCAAGCCAAAGAUCCUCUAGUGCUGCCCUCAGACAUCCAAACAUCCAAUCAAAACUCACCGUCAAGUUCACCGACUCACCAUAACGACUUAUCCCAGGAUGCAGCAAGAAGUAAGCACUUGAGAGAUUGCCGAGACCAGGAAUGGGUGGCCGCGCACAGUCAGAGGAGAGAGGAAAAAAGCCGCAAGCACAGCAAAGACAGCAGCGGGGGAAGAAAGCACAGCCGAGACGGCGGGGGAAGAAAGCAGAAAGAUAGGAUGAGUGGUGUAAGUGCUUCCUCCUCGUUGUCAUUUGAUCGUCCAAACAAUCACUACUUGGACGAGGAUGAGGCUAGUUCCAGAAACAAUACCCUGACUUCCAAUAAAUCUACCGGCUCUGACAAACGACAUGCAAAGCAGCCGCCACCUUACUGGCAGUCGCAAACAGACCCCCCACCAUAUCGACUGCCUCCGCCUUACCUUAAUAACACGACGCAAGUGUAACCAUGGAAUGACCAUUUAUAAGGACAUUGUCAGUAAAUCAAGAUGGACAUGAAGUGACUUUAUUUAAAAAUGCUGAAACUAGUUUAAACUUAUUUUUGCUGUGCAAACUAUAAUGUUCAAACGUUUUCUAUUUGAAACAACACUAUUAAGAGCUACUAAAAUAAACCUAAAAUGUACAAUAAAUAUACAUAGACUAAUACAUUAAAAAAAUGCUGAAAGUUUGAAAAAUAAAAAUUCAGUUGCUAUUCACAACAUUAUUUACAAACAAUUUCCACUUUGUUAGUACUUACUAUUGAAAAUACAACAUCCAUGAAGAGUCAAAUAUUUUUAAUUAGAAAUCCAAUCUGGUUUACACUAGAGCAGCCAGUAAUUAAAAAAAAAUUUAUACUUACAUAUUUACAUAUGUAGAGCCUAUUAAAAAUAUUGACUUUGAAAUAUUUGUGUGUAUAUUAUAUAAUUAUAUUUAUGUAUUACAACUAUAAUGAUUGUCUGUAAUAUAACUAUCCAUGUAAAAUAUUUUUGUAUUGCCUGACCUGACCUAUGUAUUCAACACACAAAUUGCCUUGAUAUACGUUGCUAUAUUUUGUCAUAAGAAUUUACUAUCUCAUUUUAUAUGUAUACAGAGAUUUUAAAACAAUAGUCACAUAGAAAUAAUAUAUGUUCGAUUCAUGAUGAUUUUCAUUGCAACAUUUUUUUUUAAGAAAUGGUUGUCUAGUUUCUUUUCUUUAUUUUUAUUUCCCCUAGUCUAUAUACAAACUCAUUACUUUUAUUUCAUUCAUUAAGCAUUCCAUCUGUCCCUCUGUCUGGUGACCAUUCAGUUAGUUUUAUUUAUAAAUACUGCUUUUUUUUUUUAUUUUACAUUUACAUAUUUUAUAUUUUAUAAUGGAAGUUUAAAAUAGAACUUUUAUACAAGUGGCCAUAUUUUCAAUGCUAUUAGUCUAGAAUUAGGUGGAGAAGAAAAGGAAUUAUUUACUUCUUGUCUGGUUUCAAGUUUAAAUAAAUAAGUUUAUUUUGUGUGUAAACUUUAUUCCGAGCCAAAUGUUUGUAAUGGUUGUUUUUGAACAUUAUCUCUUACAGAAAUUAGGUCACACAUAUAUAUGAUCACAGAAUGCUACAACUGACAUUAAGACUCUGAGACUAUCAUUAGCAUUUUAAAAAAUGUAGGCCUAAUUGUUGUCGGCCUCCUUCAGUCGUAGAACGUUUAUGGUUCAUCAAAUAACAAGAUGAAAGCCUGGACAUAAGUUGCGGUCAGAAGGAUGUCCCUCACAAAGCAUUUCCCUAACCCCUCCACACAGCUGAUGUUUCCAAAGUAGCAGCAAAUAUCUGAUACAAUUUGGUAUCAGUUGCAUCGCAGGAUCUGUCAGGUUGUAGCACUGGGUACUGCAAACUAUCUGAGGGUGGGUAGCUUCUUAGGUCUCCCAUAGCCUUUCAAACGUUUGGGUAUAGCCGCAAGGCAGCAGAGGUUCGAAUUCAAGAAUUUUCUUUUUCCUAGGUGGGUAGCCAGUAAAGGAUAAUGAACCUCUCCUGCUUACUGCUUUAGGCACCAGAUAUUGCCUUUGUCUCUUCUUCUGUAAGGGAUAACAGUUCUACCUGGCUCGAUAUCCAAACUGCAUAUGAAAGUCAGGUGCUGCAAUGGUUGUCAGAGGCAUUGGAAGCAUUUUAUAGGUAAUGGAGGCUAUGAAUAUGAAACUAUUACCACAUCCAACGAUAACAACCUUGCAUAACCAGUAGGCCUAAUAUUAAGCCAAAUAUCCACUGGUAUUGGUUUACAUUUAACUAAUGUGAAUUACUCCCCUUUCUUACAUUAUUAAUUUUCCCAUUGAGCUAAAGAAGAAAGAAAUUAUUUCUGUAUUAUUAUUAUUAUUAUUAUUGUUUUACUUUGCCAUGAGAAUGUUUUUCUGUACUACAAGUUGACUUUUUUAAAAAUGUGUUUGUUCUGUUUGUAUUUCAGCUCCAAUUUUUAUUUAAUACAUUUUUCAGUUCAUGUAUUUGCAUUUUUUUCCUCGCAAGUUUUACAGAACAAAAAGUUCAGCUUUUGUCUGAGCCAAGCUCAAAUUUUUGUUUGCACUGACAUACACGCAGUUUGAGAUUCAUUAAAGUUUUCAAAUUUGCAUAAACUAAAUUUCAUGAAUUCCUAUGUCCAGUGCAAUCAUCUGAUCUACUUUUUUGAUGGUUUACUAUUUUAUGCUCAGUAUUAUUAACAGGGUUAGUAGCACUUUUCCAUGACAAAAUUUUAGGAGAUUUUAGGAGGUUUUUUAAGGAUGAAAUGUAUGAUGUGUUGUGUGUCUUUCCUAUCUGUUUGUGUGAUACAUAGUAAAACAUACACAAAACUAAGCAUUUAUCAAAUCAAUUAUUGUUACUUGAUCUUUAAAAUAAUAAAUAUCUUGCUAAUAUGCCACAGAAACAAUGUUAUCAGCUGUUGUAUGUCCACAGAAAAUGUAAUGAAAGUUAUCUUUUAAUCUAGUAACAACUUGACUGUCAUCGCAAAACCUCAAACAACCAUUUUUUUUUUCAAAAAUUUAUUUAAAAACAUUACAAAUGGUUGCUUUUCCAUUUUUUUUUAAAAUAAGAAGCAUUCUUAGAGAGGCCUUAUUCAUGAUGUAUAUUCUCUGUGAUGGAAUUGUACAUUUUUAGUUCCUAUGUGUAUCUUAUAGAUACUAGAGUCAUGGUGUGAAUUUGAGGUAAUGUUUUAUUCUUCUAUUAGUUAACUUAAAUCCUUUUCAUAAACAGAGCCAGUAAUAUAUAGGGCAAUAUUGGCCUAUUUGAAUGUUUAGUUGACAUUUGCUUACUAAAAAAAGGGCUUUCGGAUUUAUUUU